AUGUUUCCUGCUGCUGGAAGAGCCAGACUCUUGUUCGUAUUGUUAUUCCAACUGUGGGAGCCGUGGGGGUUGAGCUUGUUGUGCCGCUUGGAGCCAUUACUUGGGUGUUUUCUCUGUAAGGGAAAGAUCCUAGUUGGGGUGCAACUUGCACUUGGAUGCAUCUUGACCACUUUUCCUCCAGAUUUCACCUUGCUGCCAGUGGCAGUAGCUUUGGGAGCAUGGUCGAUGGUACCUGUCUUAAUGCUGGAAGUUUUUGUGGAGUUCUCUACAUCUGGCUUAAGAGGGGGGGGGGUAGGUUCAUAUUUUCAGCAGCUAAAGUGA